UCCGCCGGGCAGAGACGGCCGCGGAGCCCCGAGCAGGCGGAGGGAAGUGCCCCUAGGACCGGCUCGGCCCGCGGCGCUGCACAGAGCGGCCGGACGACGAGCAGCUAGAGGAGGAGGCGGGGAGAGCGGCCAGUCCACGCGCCCUGCGCCGCCGCCAGCCCGGGAAGGCAGCGAGCAGCCGGCGCCCCCAGCGCCCGCGGUUGCCCUGGAGUAAUUUCGGAUGCCCCGCCGCGGCCGCCUUCCCGAGUAGACCUGGGAGAGGAGUUGCGGCCAACUUGUGUGCGUUUUUUCCGCCCCGGUGGGAGCCGGCGCCGUGCGAAGGGCUCUGCCGGCGACUCAUGCUGCCGGCCCUGCGCCUGCCCAGCCUCGGGUGAGCCGCCUCCGGAGAGACGGGGGAGCGCGGCGGCGCCGCGGGCUCGGCGUGCUCUCCUCCGGGGACGCGGGACGAAGCAGCAGCCCCGGGCGCGCGCCGGAGGCAUGGAGCGCUGCCCCAGCCUGGGGGUCACCCUCUACGCCCUGGUGGUGGUCCUGGGGCUGCGGGCGGCACCGGCCGGCGGCCAGCACUAUCUCCACAUCCGCCCGGCUCCCAGCGACAACCUGCCCCUGGUGGACCUCAUCGAACACCCGGACCCUAUCUUUGACCCCAAAGAGAAGGAUCUGAACGAGACGCUGCUGCGCUCGCUGCUCGGGGGCCACUACGACCCGGGCUUCAUGGCCACCUCUCCCCCCGAGGACCGGCCCGGCGGGGGCGGGGUGGCGGCCGGGGGCGCCGAGGACCUGGCGGAGCUGGACCAGCUGCUGCGGCAGCGGCCGUCGGGGGCCAUGCCGAGCGAGAUCAAAGGGCUGGAGUUCUCCGAGGGCUUGGCCCCGGGCAAGAAGCAGCGCCUGAGCAAGAAGCUGCGGAGGAAGUUACAGAUGUGGCUGUGGUCGCAGACCUUUUGCCCGGUGCUGUACGCCUGGAACGACCUGGGCAGCCGCUUUUGGCCGCGCUACGUGAAGGUGGGCAGCUGCUUCAGCAAGCGCUCGUGCUCCGUGCCAGAGGGCAUGGUGUGCAAGCCGUCCAAGUCCGUGCACCUCACGGUGCUGCGGUGGCGCUGUCAGCGGCGCGGGGGCCAGCGCUGCGGCUGGAUUCCCAUCCAGUACCCCAUCAUUUCCGAGUGCAAGUGCUCAUGCUAGAACUCAGGGCCCCCUGCCCGCACCCGGACACUUGAUCGAUCCCCACCGACGCCCCCCGCACAGUCUCCAACCAGUUCCACCACCCUCUCGCGAGGGGAUUCAAUGAACUUUUUUUUUUUUUUCCGGCUACAGAGACCUAGCUUUCUGGUUCAUGUAAUGCACUGUUUAACUGUGUAGGAAUGUAUAUGUGUAUGUAUAUACGGUCCCAGUUUUAAUUUACUUAUUAAAAGGUCAGUAUUAUACGUUAAAAGUUACCGGCUUCUACUGUAUUUUUAAAAUUUUUUUAAGCAAAAGGAAAAAAAAAAGAACAGAGAAAAGAGAGACUUAUUCUGGUUGUUGCUAAUAAUGUUAACCUGCUAUUUAUAUUCCAGUGCCCUUCGCGUGGCGAAGCAGGGGGGAAAUGUUAUUUUUUCUUAAAGUACAAAGAGAGGGGAGAACUUUUGUAGAAGGACUUUUAAAAAGCUAUUUUCCAUUCUUCGGAAAGUGUUUUGGUUUUCCUUGGACCUCGAAGAAGCUAUAGAGUUCAAUGUUAUUUUACAGUUAUUGUAAAUAUAGAGAACAAAUGGAAUGACUAAUCAUUGUAAAUUAAGAGUAUCUGCUAUUUAUUCUUUAUAAUAUCCCGUGUAGUAAAUGAGAAAGAAGUGCAGAGCAGGAUUAAAGAAAACCACUAAAAUCGACUGCGCUCGA